AUGAGAGUAACACGAGGUUUAUUCUUCGUACUGUUGUUGAAUUGGACUCCUUUACAGAAAAUCGUAGCAAUCCCAGUGGAUGAAUUUGAACAAGAAGCUUCCACAACAUCAAUCUUCUCAACGGAUACUACUCAAUAUAACAGUUCUUAUUUCUCUUCAUUGCAUUAUCUGACCGCCAGCACUGACUCAACGAUUUCAUCUACGGAUAGUACCGUUAAUACUGACUCAACGAUUUCAUCUACGGACAGUACCGUUAGUACUGACCCAACGAUUUCAUCUACGGAUAGUACCGUUAGUACUGACCCAACGAUUUCAUCUACGGAUAGUACCGUUAGUACUGACCCAACGAUUUCAUCUACGGAUAGUACCGUUAGUACUGACCCAACGAUUUCAUCUACGGACAGUACCGUUAGUACUGACCCAACGAUUUCAUCUACGGACAGUACCGUUAGUACUGACCCAACGAUUUCAUCCACGGACAGUAAUCCCAUGGCUGCCGAGAGUUCUCUGUUUGAUGUUGAAAAUUCAACGCAGUUCAAUGACACUGACGACUCAAUAACAUCAACAUUCGAUAAAUUAAGUACGAUUGAUGCAGUGAAAUUGCGAGUUGUUGUUGGUCCUAAAAUACUUCAAAUACAUCGUGGACAGAUAACUUAUGAGCUAACCUGUACCGUCUACGGUGUCGAUGCGAGUACACAUAUCUACUGGAGUCAUGAAGAGCUCUAUCGACGUUACGUCUUUACCGAUAAAGAGAUUAAAAGUGCUUCACCUUGGAAAAUAACACACAAAACGCAUAUUACAGUUGUCUUUCCAAAUUCUCUGGAUAAGUAUACAUGUGUCGCGCGAGAUAUAAAAGGCAAUACUGUCUCCGAUACUGUUUCUACGCAAAUAGAUUCUGAUACUCAUGAUCAAAAUUUUGGAAGAAGUAGUCUUGGUUUUAAACCUUUGCGCAUUAUUGCACCGGAUACGAAUGAUAAAGAUCAUGUAGAAAUUGAAUGUACAGGCGCAGAUUCCUACGAUGAAAGCAAAAUAAAAUGGUAUUUUAACAAUCGGCGUCUUGUUAAUGGGCAUCCCUUUUAUCCUCGUGGAAAAAUUCUUCUUAUUGAUCCAGUUACACCAUCACAGUCAGGAAAUUAUCGUUGUACAAUUGGCGAUCAUCGCUAUGUAGAAUCCUCUAUUACUCUUACAUUUUCAAAAAAACCAGAUGACAUUGUUCAUCCAGUAUUCGAUCCGGCGAGUCCAUUAUCUAUUAACGAAGGAGAAAGUCAAUUAAUUCGAUGUCGAUCGGGAUAUUAUUUAGCUUACUGCGUAUUCCGUAACGGUCAAAGACUUCCAUCGGGCGUCUAUCAAAAUGGCAAUAUUUUAAUGAUUACAAAUGCAACUUCUCGUUACUCUGGAAUGUAUAAUUGCACGCUAAUGAAUAAUGACGGUAAACUUUUACGGAUUCCAUAUGAAAUUCAAGUGAAACGUAAGCAAACACACAAUUUGUCCCGAAGUAUGAUUAAAAUAAAACUAAACUCCUCUAUUAUCUUUUGUUAUUUUUCUUUUGUAUGUGGUUUACCAAAACUAAUUGUCCGUCCACAAAUCAUAGAUCUAGUUGAAGGUCAACGACUGAUUAUCGAAUAUACAGUUAUUUCAGAAGAACCAGUUGAAAUAGUUUGGAAGAAAUAUGUAAAUCAUAGUUAUGAAUCAAUUUCAUCUGCCUUUAUAAUCGAAUCAGAUCGACUUAUUCUCCAACGUGCUACAUUAGAUGUAGUUGGAACUUAUCAGGUUAUCGUACGUAAUUCAUAUGGUGAAAGUCGACAAAAUCUACGUAUAAAUGUAAAACCACGACGUAGUCAACAACGAGAAUCUGUUCAAGUAACAAUUCAACCAAAGGAAAUUAUAAUUGAAGCUAAUGAAAGAACAAUCUUGAACUGUGAUGUGAAAGGUGCUCAACAAUAUCGAGUUACAUGGAAUAAAUUCGCUUAUAAUACUAGUCUUCCCGAUUACGCUCAUCAACAAGGAAAUGAUCUGAUCAUUUUCCCAUCCAAUGAUACACCUACUGAAACGAUGUAUUUCGAAUGUCAAGUUGAUGUAUCUGGUGAAUCUGUAUCAUAUAAUGCUUACGUACAAGUUACCAUUGGUAAUGGAAAAAGUGAACGAAGUAAUACCAAUAAAUAA